GAGGUAAGGUUCUUUAUUCUCUGGUCUGGGGGCCUGCCAUUAAGACGCAGCGAAAGCUACGCUUGGUUGGGCAAAAGGAAUUCCUGGUGGUAUUGCCUAGGCAGCCGUCCGUCAGACAUCGCGAAAGCGUUGCAGGUUCGGCAUCUGUGGUUUUAUGUAUCUGUAAUAUGGAGAAACUAAAAGGGUUAAAAGAGGUUUUGGGCAGCAAUAAUGCCUCUAUACCAAGUUCUUCUCCGUUGGGUUGUUUGUUGGCACAUUGGAAAGAGGGGAACUUCGGUCAGGAAUUACGAAAAGAUAAGUUGAUUGAAUAUUGUAAUGUUCACUGGCCAAAAUACGCUUUGCCUGAAAAUCAGAGGUGGCCGAAAAACGGGUCUUUUGAUGUGAAGGUUAUUAUGCAACUUAGAUUGCUUUGUACACAAGAUGGAAGGGUAGAACAAUUACCAUAUAUUGACUUAUUUCUGUGCUUGCUUGAGAAACCGGUUUUGUGGCUUGACAAAAUGAAAGCAAUGAAGCUUGAGAAUAAUAAGUGUCUAGCUUGCGUCCAAAAUAAGCAUUGUAUGGAACAUGCAGUUUUAAGUGAAAUUUUAGGGGGAAAAAGAGAUGAACUGGAAUCGGAAUUAUUGGUAUCUCCCAUGGCUCCUGGAACCACCACGGCCCCCUCAACACCAAGUUCUACCCCGCUCACCCUGACCCCACCUGAUUCUCUUACACACCCCUCGCUCGCGCCAGCACAAUAUGUUUCACCCCCACCUUUGUCUGCUGAUCCUCCUCUGCCUGUGCCAGCCGCUCCUCCGCUUGCUCUGCCUGCCCAGGUGCCGGUCCCUCCUCCGCUGGCUCAGAGAACCCCCCCUUCUCCACAUACACCUGCUCAAAGCUAUCCUGCUCCCCCGCCCACACCCGCUGAAAGAUUUAUUCCCCCUCUAACACCAGCUCAAGGGUACCCUCCGCUCCCACCUACACCUCCUUCACCAGCUUCUGGCCCGUCUGCCCCCCUGUAUCCUCCCCUCCCCGAUUCACCUGUCCAGGAUGUGAUUGUGAGGCAGAAGCAAAGGGGGAAUGUGAAGAAGACAGAUAGAAUGGAAAGUAGUGACAGUGAAGCAGAUGAACUAGACGCCCCAGUAGCUCACCGAACACGAGGAAAACUGGCCCUGGAGUGGCCUCAGGCAGGAAAGGGUAUAUUAAAAUCAGGCAAACAAAAGAGAACGAUUAUUGCACCACUAAGGCAAGGGGUGGGAACUAAUGGACCUGUCUUUGUAAAGGUACCCUUUUCACCUGCUGAUUUAGUUAUAUGGAAACAAUCAGCCGGAACGUAUAGAGAAAACCCAGAUAAGGUAGCUCGUGUGGUUAAGAUGAUAAUGAAAACUCAGAACCCUGAUUGGGAAGAUAUUCAUGUCAUAUUAGACACUCUGAUGGAUGAGACAGAGAGAGAUAUGGUUCUUCGAGCAGCAAGAGAAAGAGCUAGAGAAGACAUACGAAAUGGUUUGGUGACAGGGACACUGGAUUAUAAUUUUCCCACUGCAGACCCAGAGUGGGAUGCUAAUGACCCCUCUGGAGUAGAUAUGUUAAGGCUAAAGAGAUAUCAGGAGUGGAUUUCAGUUGGUGUUCAACAGGCAAUACCUAAGAGUAUGAACUGGUCUAAGUUGUAUGAAAUUCGACAGGAAAAGAAAGAAUCUCCCACUGCCUUUCUAGAAAGACUUAAGGAAGCAGCUAGAAGAUAUACUGAUCUUCAAGUAGACAGUGAGCAAGGAAGAACUCAGCUUGCCUUUAUUUUUCUGGGUCAGGCACAGGAAGAUAUUAGGAAAAAGCUACAGAAACUGGAAGGUGAAGAGUUAAGAAACUUGGAUAAACUCCUAGAGGUUGCCUGGAAAGUUUAUAAUAACAGGGACAGAGAAAUUGUCAAGAAACAGGGGCAAAGCCUUUUGGCAGUCUUACAGAGACAGGGGCGAGGGCGUGGUAGAGGUGGUCGUGGCGUUAAUAGAGGUGGCUUUGGCAGAGGUUCUGGUCAUGGUAGAUUAGGUCUGAAUCAGUGUGCAUAUUGUCGGAUGGAGGGACACUGGAAAAGGGAGUGUCCAAACCGGUUUAGCCAGAAUGGUCAGCCUCAGUUAGACAGUAUGUUUAAUCAAAGUGGUGAGCAUCAGCUGGAUGGUGUAGCCAGGGUCAUGGUUUUACAUGAGAGGGAGCCAGGAUCAAGAGAGCCCAUGGUGACUUUGCAUUUAGAAGGAAAAGACGUAGAUUUUCUCAUUGACACGGGGGCCACACAUUCUGUACUAAAUUAUCUUGAGGGGCAAAUCGGGAACAAGUCAGCAGCAGUCAUUGGAGCCACAGGGAAGGAGGAGGUACGGCCAUUCUUGCAACCCCUAGAAUUGAGCUUUGAAGAUAAGAUCUUGACCCAUGAAUUCUUAUACAUGCCAGACUGCCCAACUCCGCUCUUAGGGCGCGAUCUACUGGCAGCACUGGAGGCAGUAAUUACUUUUGAGAAUGGUGAACUCGUAAUGAAAAUUCCGGAGUCUAAGACAGGAAAGAUUUUGAUGAUAAAAGAAAAACCAAUUUCUAAUAUUCCUAAAGAAGUAGAAGAUGCAGUAAUUCCCUCUGUCUGGGAAACAGAUGUACCUGGAAAAUCUAAAUUGGCACAACCGGUACAUGUAGAGUUAAAAGAAGGAGCAAAGGCUGUACGAAUCAAACAAUACCCUAUAAAACCAGAAGCACGACAGGGAAUAGCAAAGACCAUUGAUAAAUUUUUAAAAUAUCGAAUUCUAGAGGAAUGUAAAUCGGAAUACAACACCCCAAUUUUCCCAGUGAAGAAACCCAAUGGUGAGUAUAGACUUGUACAGGAUUUAAGAGGUAUAAAUGAAAUAACAAAAGACAUUCAUCCAGUGGUUGCCAAUCCCUAUACAUUGUUAGCAUCCAUAAAAGAGAUAUAUAAAUGGUUUACUGUAAUUGACUUAAAAGAUGCUUUCUUCUGUAUACCCCUUGACCAAGAAAGUAGGAAACUAUUUGCCUUUGAGUGGGAACAUCCAGAAAGUGGAAGAAAAACUCAGCUCACCUGGAGUCGAUUACCGAUGGGGUACAAGGGGUCGCCCACUCUCUUUGGAAGUCAACUGGCAAAAGAACUGGAAAUCUGGACCAGAGAAGGGCAAGUACCAAGAGACCAAUAUUUAUUACUCCAGUACGUAGAUGACAUUUUGAUUGCAACAGAGGAAGAAAUGACCUGCAUAAAGGUAACCAUUGAGAUCUUAAAUUCACUAGGAAUGGGAGGGUAUAAGGUAUCCAGAGAAAAAGCACAAAUUGCCCAACAGACUGUGAUUUACCUGGGAUGUGAAAUCUCACAAGGGCAGAGAAAACUGGGUACUAAUCGUAUUCAAGCUAUCUGUGCUAUUCCAGAGCCUCAGAAUCUACACGAGCUGCGGAUCUUCCUCGGAAUGACAGGGUGGUGUCGCCUGUGGAUCAUGGACUAUGGACUGAUUGCAAAACCCUUGUACGAGGCUCAGAAGACGCAGCCGUUCACCUGGGGCAAACCACAGAAAGAGGCCUUCCAGAAGUUAAAAGAAGCACUGACAACUGCUCCUGCUUUGGGGUUACCUGAUCUGUCUAAAGACUUUCAGCUGUACGUGCAUGAAAGGCAGCGACUGGCACUGGGAGUCCUGACCCAACGACUGGGAAGCUGGAAAAGGCCGCUCUAUUUCUAGGUGCCACAGCUGAGGAAGGCCCAUUAGAGCAUGACUGUCUAGAAGUCAUCGAGCACACUUAUUCAGCAAGAACAGAUCUGAAGGAUGUCCCCCUGGAGCAACCAGAGUGGGAACUCUUUACAGAUGGAAGCAGCUUCAUGGAGAACGGAGCCAGAUACGCGGGAUAUGCGGUAACUACAAUUGAUGUAGUAAUAGAGGCAAAAUCACUACCACCUAACACGUCUGCACAAAGGGCAGAACUAAUCGCAUUAACCAGAGCACUCGAGCGGAGUGAAGAGAAGACAGUGAAUAUUUGGACUGAUUCCAAAUAUGCCUUUGGAGUAGUGCAUGUACACGGAGCUUUAUGGAAAGAAAGAGGACUGCUGUCCUCCCAAGGGACGAAUAUUAAACAUCAAGAUGCAGUCCUACAAUUGAUAGAUGCAGUACAAAAACCUGAACAAGUAGCAAUCAUGCACUGCAAGGCACAUCAAUCAGGCAACUCCAAAAUUUGUGAAGGAAAUCGAAAAGCAGAUUGGGCAGCCCGUCAGGUAGCGUGAGAGGUGCAGAAAACAAUGGCAUUGAUACCAUCAAGACUUAAUAUCUCUCAAUUUAAUUUGCCUCCGAAGCCAAACUAUACAAUCGAAGAUGACAGACUAGCACAACUGCUGAAGGCACAGAAGAACGCAGAAGAGUGGGAAACAAGAUGUGUAUAAUUAUGUUCUGUCCCUCGGGAAAACUCUAGCUCGGCUCCGAAGUGUUCUCGUGUAGAACAGACCACUGGCCCUGGAGAAUCCAGUCCACAAUAUCGAACCAGGAGAUGAGGUAUACAUCAAAACCUGGAACGAAGAACCACUAAAAGAGAAGUGGACUGGUCCCCAUCAGGUACUGCUAACCACCUUUACAGCAGUCAAAGUGGCUGGAGUGGAACCCUAGAUACACUACACGCGUGUGAAGAAGGUCCCUCGUGGAGUCCAGUCGUGGGCUGUAGAAACUUUUAGACCAACAAAGCUGAGGCUGAAACGUCUGUAACUGUUCAAAUAGUAUUGGUAACUGUGCUCAUGCUCUUCCUGUGGGUAAUGUUAAUUUCAUGGAUACUAAUGUCACCAGUAGGGAUUGCUGUUACUUUGAGAUAUGGGAUACAGAAGGGUCAACUAACAACUCUUCAUUCUAGAAUGAAGAGAGAGAUACAGGCAAAAACACAAGUAAUAGAAAUUUCUAAUGAAAUUCAGGCUGAGAAUGUAAUGAUUAGAUUGGUCAGAGACUUUGCUAAAAUGCAUAAUACCAGCAGAAUAACGGCCUGUCUGCCAAUACCAAAGGCAGCAGGGGACCCAGUAAGCUGGGGAAUAAUAACGUCAAAAUUACCUGAAAUAGGAGAGAACAAAACAAUUAACUGUAAACAAGUACCAGAGUCAAGGGUGGUGGUCAGAGAAUACUAGAAGAUAACAGAAGAUUCCUAUAUGCAGCCCAUGAGAAAGUCAGAGUGCAUUCUUAGUAAUAGCAAAUUGGGACAAAUCAUAGAGUGGUGGGUUAAGGACCAAGACCUUGCAAAAUGGCAAUGUUGGUUUCUACGCUAUCAAAAGAUCAGGGACAACGCUACAGAAAGUGUUGUAGUGUAGAAAUGUGAAGAGAAAGAUUAGAAAGGACUGGAACCUUGGGACAGUGCAUGGUCUGUGAGCAUCCUCCAGAAAUUCCAAUAUAUAGAAAGCACACCCUGGUGCAUUAAAUAGAAAGGCUCUGAAAAUGAGACAGAUCCCACAGUAGCAAAUACUGAUACUAGCAGUCAGAAAGAGGCAAAUAAGGUAAGUUGGUGGGUAUGUAAGAAAAUUUAUGAUUGCACCUCUGACAAUCUAGAAAUGAAACAGUGGUCACCAUUGGCAAUAGCCUUACGAAUUAGUUGUGCCUGCAGGAAAAUUAAACACAAACAAGGCAAAAUAGAUUCUAAGAUUAUAGUAGGAUGUAGCAGGAGUACAAUUCGAAGUCCAGGACCAUUUGUAUGGGCAAUGAGUGAUGGCACAUGGACAACACACUUGCCUAUGGACAGGGAAGUAAGAGAAAUCACCCUGGGCCUUCCCACUUUAUGUCCAAUUUGGAAGAAAUCCCCAUUUAACAAGAGCAGUGAAGCCUUGCAAAUAAAAGCAAAGCGAGACGUCUCAGAAGACAAGAACCCAGAUGACACUUGGAAGGAACCCUCUAGUGGAGUAAAGAUUGGGUAGGCCCUAGAAUCCUUGUUUGGUCCCAUUGCAAAUUAUCGAAAUAGAGAAAUGCUAUAUAGACUCACAGGUCAGGUAGACAGAUUAGCAAGAAUCACACGAGAGGGAUUUAGGGAACUCAAUGUGCAAUUACAGGCCACCACCAAAAUGACCCUGCAAAAUCGUUUGGCUUUAGAUAUGUUACUUUGAAAGAACACGGAGUGUGUGGAUAUUUAAAGGGACAAAUCGACCAUUGCUGCAUCCACAUCCCAAAUGUAACUGCAGAUGUAGAACAUGACAUCAGUCAGUUAAAACAAAUAGAGCAUGAGGCACAAAAGGAACAAAAAGAUUUAGCUACUAGCUGGUUAGGUAAAAUCUUUGAAGGAUUAAGAUGGAAUGUGAGUUCAUGGAUAAAGUCUAUCCUUGAAAAUCUGAUAAUUUUACUGAUUAUAUUUUUAGUAAUUUGGUUAGUUUACAGAAUCCUGAAGAGAGAGAUACAGAAAAAAGCAUCUUAGAACAGGACCAUAAUGAAGGCAUUGGCACGGAACCCAGCACCUUCAAUCCGCAACAACAUCCCGGACAAAGCCUAUGACAACAGAGGAUUUGAAGAUGAACAUCCAGUAUGAACUCUGAAGCCUAAUGGACUGUAUUAAGUGAAAGCAUUUACACUUAGUAUAUUAGAGUGAAAAUACUUUCAAAGAGGGGAAUGUUGGUGGAGGGUUAAAAAAUAUAAUUUCUAGAUUGAGUAAUGUAUAGGGGGAGGAAAGUAGAGAACGUACAACUGGAACUUACGCAGCUAGCUGGGAACAAGCGUCAGUUUCUGUAAACAGCUCCAUGCUAUUGUUUUAACCAAAUCAAGUGUGGAUCAGGGUAGAAGCGUAGGUAUGAUUUAAGAUAGUAACUAAGGAAUAGGAUAAUCAGUAUCUAGGGGUGGGGGUUAGUUAACAUGUGUAUAAUUUAAACUAUAAAAAUCACGAAUCGACUCUGUAUGCUUUGGACAUCAGAUUUGGGUGUAUUAUCACCCCGGUGUCCCGCGCGCUGGAAUAAAGAACCGCAUAUGAUCGCC